UGUUAGUUAUUAUAGCAUUUUAUCAUUUAUUUGCACACAAAUCUAAAUUGUUUUAAUAAUUUAUAAGUUUAAGGUUCAUUUAUUCUUAGAUUUUCAGAAAUUUAUCUUCGAUAUGAUAUGCAUAUUAAAAAAAUUAUUUAUUUGUUUACAUUAUUCUCCAAACUUCCAUUUAUUUAUGGUUUAAUUUUGCCAAACAAACCUUUAAAAGGGGAUGUGUCAUUUAUAAAUUCCACCAAUAAUUCUAUUUUUCCAAGCAAACAUAAACAUACACACAACAAUGUAACACUUUCUGGAAUCCAGCCUACUGGUGAAAUACACAUUGGUAACUACAUAGGGUGUUUAAGUCCUUGCUUGAAUUACCAAAGAACUCAUAAUGAUUUGAAUGUUAUGAUCGCAGAUAAUCACGCAAUAUCAGGCCUAAAAUCCAACGACAAUUUAAAAAAAUAUACAAGGAGUACCAUCGCACUUUCCAUCGCAUCUGGGAUUAACCCUGAGAAAACUAGAAUAUUUAUACAGAGCCAGUUCCCUCAGAUCCUGGAACUUAACUGGAUCCUGGGUUCCGUUGUGAGAACUGGAAAAUUUCACAAAAUCGUACAGUUUCGUAAUCGAGGAAUAAACGUCAGUAACGAAAAUCUUGCAACCUUUUUGUACCCUUUACUGAUGGCUUCAGAUAUUUUUGCAAUGAAUGCCACUCAUAUAAUUGCUGGUCCUGACCAAAAAAUCCACCUAACUCUAGCUCGAUAUAUCGCGAGAAAGCUAAACCGCCAUAUAGACUCAAAUUACUUUACCGUGCCUCAAAUGGUUAAAGGAUUCACUUACAAGGUGAAAUCGCUAUCAAACGGGACUAAAAAGAUGUCCAAGUCCUCAGAGUCAAAGUUUGACACAAUUAAUAUGCUCGACACUGAUGAUGAUAUUUAUCGGAAGAUAAAAAACGCGAAGACUCAGACUUCUGAAGAGGCAAUCACUCCUGAGAUACAAAACCUACUUCGACUAUACAGUUUCUUCUCCAAUAAAGCUUACCCUGAACUUCUCAAAAGUGUUGAUUUGUCAAACUUCUAUGAUUUGAAAAUGAAUUUGGCAUCCUGUAUUAUAGAUUUUUUAAAACCCAUUAAGAAGAAAUAUUAUGAAAUUAUUGACGAUGAUAAGCUUUUCGAGCAGAUACUCUCCAAGUCUAAUGACCAGCUUUCAGGAAAGCUGAACCGAAGACUUAAGGAGAUUAAACGUCUUUUCAACCUCUAUACUCGUUAAUGUAUAUACUCCUUAAUAUAAUAACCAAUAA